AUGUUGGCACUGGAUCCAGACGGAGAAAGAAGGGACGAGCAAACGAGUGUAUCCGGGCCCAAAUCCGAUCUAUAUUCUGUUCCAUCUGUAUAUUCCGGCAGAGCAUAUCGAUAUCGGGAUCCCACCAAGCCGGCUCAGGGAUGCCAUCCUUGGUCUGGUAGGAAAGCCGAAGUCAGUCAAGAACAAGCUGAUGGCCGUACAGAGGAUCAGAAUUUAGAUGCACAAGCUCAAGCUGAUGCCAAUGAAGGUGCUACUGCAACAGGGGAGGAAAAUUUAGAUGUGCAAGCUGAUGGUAAUGAGGAAAUAUUGGGAGGUGAAAAUUUGCAGCGUACAAAAAAUGUGAAUAUUGAUGACCAAGAAGAUUCUAUGUUGACUACCUUUGAUCCUAGAACAUGGGAGAAUCUUGACAAUAGCAAAAGGGAUAUCUUGAUUGAGAAAGGGCCUGUGAGAGAAAUGAAUUUACAAUUCCCUAGUGAUCCUAGUAAUAGGCGUUUUUCAUAUGCUUAUUACUCCAGAAAGUUAAAUAAUGGUGAGGUUGUUGACAGGAAGUGGCUGGUUUACUCCAAACAUGUGGACAAGGUCUAUUGUUUUUGCUGCAAGUUGUUCAACUCAAAUCAGAACAAGGCUUUGUUAGCAUCUGCUGGAGUGAGGGAUUGGAAGCAUUUGAGUGACAAACUCAAACAACAUGAGAAUAGUCACGAGCAUUUGAAAAACAUGAAUACAUGGAAUGAUCUCUGGAUUAGAUUAAGCAAAAAUCAAACAAUUGAUGCUGAAAUGCAGCGGGAAAUUGUAAAAGAGAAGGAGCGUUGGAGACAAGUUCUGGUAAGAAUAGUUUCUGCUGUGAAGUUUCUUGCUAAACAAAAUCUAGCCUUUCGAGGGACAAAUGCAAAACUUUAUCAAGCAAAUAAUGGUAAUUUCCUGGCCACAGUAGAAAUGAUUGCUGAAUUUGAUCUUGUGAUGCAAGAACAUAUCAGACGCAUUCAUAAUAAUGAAAUCUAUCAUCAUUAUCUUGGCCCUACUAUUCAGAAUGAGUUAAUUGGUAUUCUUGUUGAUGCUGUGAAACAACAUAUCUUGAAGAUCAUAAAAGAUGCCAAGUAUUUCUCUGUUAUCUUGGACUGUACUCCUGAUGUGAGCCAUGAAGAACAAAUGACAUUAAUUUCUCUUGGUUUGAACAUUGAUGAUGUCAGAGGUCAAGGGUAUGACAAUGGUUCCAAUAUGAAGGGAAAACACCAAGGUGUUCAGACUCGUGUGCUUGAAAUUAAUCCAAGAGCAUUGUAUAUGCCAUGUGCAUGUCACAGUCUGAACCUUACUCUUUCUGAUAUGGCAAAAUCUUACAGAAAAGCUAUUUCAUUUUUUGGUGUCAUACAACGGAUAUAUGCAUUGUUUGCACGUUCUACAAAAAGGUGGAAAAUUUUGACUGAUAAUGUUGAGAGGUUCACUGUCAAACCCUUGUCAGAUACUCGUUGGGAGAGUCGCACAAAGAGUGUGCAACCUAUCAGGUAUCAAGCCCCUCAAAUAAGAUCAGCUUUGAAGGAGGUGGAAAGAACUUCUUCUGAUGACCCAAAAGCGGUGAGUGAAGCUGAAUCAUUGGUAACCGCAAUUGAGAAUUUUGAAUUUUUAGUUUGUAUGGUUAUUUGGGAUGAUAUUUUAUAUACUAUCAACAUGGUGAGCAAAAAGUUGCAAUCUCCAAUCGUGUGCUUAGAUGCUACUCUGAAACAGAUUCAAGGGGUGACAUCAUAUUUUCAGAAGUACAGAGACACAGGCUUGAGUGCUAGUAUUGAGACUGCAAAAUCCAUUGCAUCUAGUAUGAAUGUAGAUCCGACAUUUGCUACAAAACGUCAAGGUAAAAGAAAGAAGCAUUUUGAUGAACAAAAUGAUGAAACUGAGGAAUUACAACUUUCAGCUAUAGUCCUUCAAAUUUGA